AUGCUGCUCUUCUGCCCGGCCUGCGGCAACGUGCUGGUGGCCGAGGAGGGGCCGCGCUGCCACCGCUUCGCCUGCACCACCUGUCCCUACGUGCGAAAUGUCACGCGGAAGGUGACCAGCAGGAAGUACCCGCGGCUGAAGGAGGUGGACGAUGUUCUGGGCGGCGCCGCUGCCUGGGAGAACGUGGACUCCACGGCAGAGCCGUGCCCCAAGUGCGAGCACCCCCGCGCCUACUUCAUGCAGAUCCAGACGCGCUCGGCCGACGAGCCCAUGACCACGUUCUACAAGUGCUGCAACCCGCAGUGCGGGCACCGCUGGCGGGACUGAGACCAGGAUGCUCUCCUGCAAUAAACCGGCACUGCGGGCGA